AUGCACGCAUGCACGGGCCAUCAUAUGGAGUACUACUACUUACUUAUGCUCUGGAUCUACAGCCAGCUUUUAGGAUGCUGUGACUGUUUUAAUAUUGACACAACAAACCACCGGAUCAUCAAAGGCCCAAAGCAAGCCCAGUUUGGGUACACUGUUCAGCAACAUGUGGCGUCGGGAGGAGAAAAAUGGUUAUUGGUUGGGGCACCAUAUGAAAUGAACGGCGCAUACCAGACAGGGGACGUAUAUAAAUGUUCACUGACCAAACGAACCAAUGGAAAUGGUUGCACAAAGCUGAACCUAGGAAGGAUAUCUUUGACCAAUGUAUCUGAGCGUAAAGACAAGAUGAGAUUGGGAAUGACACUGACAACCAAUCCUAAAGACAACAGUUUUGUGGCCUGUGGCCCACUUUGGUCCUAUGAGUGUGGCAGCUCAUACUACAGCACUGGUAUAUGUUCCAGAGUCAACGCGAGCUUCAAGUUCUCCAGAACAAUUGCACCAGCUUUUCAGAGAUGUGAGACCUAUAUGGACAUAGUGAUCGUUCUGGAUGGCUCAAACUCCAUCUACCCUUGGUAUGAAGUCCAAGCUUUUCUCAUCAACAUACUUCAGAAGUUCUAUAUUGGACCAGGUCAAAUUCAGGUUGGAGUUGUACAGUAUGGUGAGAAAGUCGUGCACGAGUUCAAACUCAAUGAUUUUAAAUCUGUUGAGGAAGUUGUAAAGAGAGCCCGCAGUAUCGAUCAGCGGGGCGGAGAAGAGACUAACACGGCUCUUGGCAUCAACACUGCACGAUCUGAAGCUUUCAAACAAGGAGGUCGACGUGGGGCCAAGAAAGUGAUGAUCGUGAUAACUGACGGAGAAUCGCAUGAUAGUGCUGACCUCCAACCAGCCAUAGAAGAAAGUGAGAAGGAUGGGAUCACCCGCUACGCCAUUGCCGUUCUUGGCUACUACAACAGGAGAAGAAUUAACCCUGAGGCGUUCCUAAAUGAGAUUAAAUACAUUGCUAGCGACCCAGACGACAAACACUUUUUUAAUGUGACAGAUGAGUCGGCGCUGAAGGACAUUGUGGAUGCUCUUGGCGAACGUAUUUUCAGUUUAGAAGGAACCAGUAAAAAUGGAACAGCGUUUGGUCUCCAGAUGUCUCAAGCUGGAUUCUCAGCUCACAAUGUCGAGGAUGGAACUCUGGUGGGUGCUGUCGGCGCUUAUGAUUGGAAUGGGGCAGUGCUUAAAGAAACACGGCAAGGGAAAGUGGUCCCUCCAAAAACCUCCUACAUGCAGGAGUUUCCAGAAAAGCUCAAAAACCAUGGUGCCUACUUGGGUUAUACAGUGACAUCAGUGGUAUCAGCCAAAAACGGGCGUCUACUUGUUGCUGGAGCACCACGCUUUAACCAUACUGGCAAAGUGAUCAUUUUCACUUUGAAGACCCCUGGAAAUCUCACUAUCCUCCAUUCCCUCAAAGGCCAGCAGAUUGGCUCCUAUUAUGGCAGUGAGAUUGCACCACUUGAUAUUGAUGGAGAUGGUGUUACUGAUAACCUUUUGGUGGCGGCACCAAUGUUCUUCAGUGGAGGCAUGGAGAAAGGGAAAGUAUACAUCUACAGAGUGACAGAGCUGAAUCGUUUCAUUUUUGAGGGUGCAUUAGAGAUCCUUAACGGAGGCCAGAAUGCCCGCUUUGGUUCCUCACUUGCACCUGUCCCUGAUUUAAAUGGUGAUGGCUUCAAUGACCUGGUAGUAGGGGCUCCAUUGGAAGAUGAUCACAAAGGGGCUAUCUAUGUUUUCUUCAGUCAGCAGAACAGAAUACUGCGCAAAUACAAGCAGAGGAUAGCAGCAGCAGACUUGGCAAUUGGCCUACAGUACUUUGGCCGCAGUAUCCACGGAAUGAUGGAUAUGAAUGAUGAUGGUUUAGUGGACCUGGCAGUAGGAUCCCUUGGUGCGGCUGUUCUCCUCUGGUCAAAGAGUGUUGUCCGCAUUUAUACCAGUGUCAGGUUUGAGCCCAGUAAGAUAAACAUCUUUGUGAAAGACUGUCAGAGGGGUGGCAAAGACGUGACCUGCAUGUCAGCCAUUGUUUGCUUCAACAUCACAGCUAGGACAGCCAUUUCUGCCACAGAGGAAAUUGGGAUUAAAUAUAAUGUCUCUAUUGUGGAGCGACGUUUCAAUCCUCGAGCCAUACUGGACAACCCGAGCAAGUCCCAGCCUCAAAACCUUACCCUUCGUCCUGGCGAUGAAAUCUGUGAACACAUUUACUUCCAUGUCAUGGAGACGACUGACUAUGCGAGGCCCAUCGUGUUUGCUGUACAAGUCGGACUGCAAGAUUCAGACAGUGGACCAGUUCUAGAUGAAAGCUGGCCAACUUUGUCAAGAACUGAGUUGCCUUUCUGGAACGGCUGUGAUGAGGAUGACCGGUGUAUGCCAGACCUAUCAUUGCAUAGUAUGACAGACCUGAUGACACAAAAGCAGUUCUGUUUACAGGCAGUUCAGUCUCGGGGUGCUUUCUGCCGUCAUCUACAUGAAGGUGGUUCGGAGGGAUCGCUUCGGGUUCUUGAAGCAAACAGGAGAAGGCUGGUUGUUGAUGUCCGACUAGAGAACAAAGGAGAAAAUGCUUAUAAUGCUCGCCUUAAUAUCAGCUACUCCCCAAAUCUGCGUUUCUCAAGCCUCAUAUUGAAGGACAACGCCGAUAUCAAAAUUGAUUGUUACCUUGAGGACAAGCUGAAAUAUGAGAAAAUCUGCAAUGUCAGUGCUCCAUUUAUGAAGUCCAAAGCACAGGUAUUAUUCCGUUUGGAGUUUGAGUUCAGUCGCAGUGUAUUUCUAGAUCAUCUCAGAGUCAUCUUGGAGGCAAGCAGUAAUGGCGAAGAAAUGAGUACAGCUGAUAACUUUAAUGAUAUAUAUUACUCACUGCAAUAUGAAGCAGAUCUUCUCUUCACAAGGGAUUCAAAUCCAACCCGAUAUGAGAUCAAAUCAGAGUUAUCCCUGGAAGAGCCUGGAGUAAUUGGUCCUCCUUUUAACUUCACUUUUCAGAUCCAGAAUCUUGGAUACUUCCCUGUGAAAGAUCUACAGUUGAACAUUGAGGUUCCAGAACUGACAAAAAAUGGCAACCAGCUACUGCAAAUAUCUCAUUUGCACAUUGACCAGAGAGAUGGGACUCACUGUGUACCACCCCAGCAUGUGGCACAGAGCAGAGCAUCACCUGAGGACCUUAGCCGCUUCUCUCGCUUGAAUCGAUCCAACACCCUGAUUCUGCCAAUCCAGUGCACAGUCAACGUAGCCUCCUACAGGGAAAUCUCAGUUAGAAUUACAGGAGCUCUACGAGUACAUACUUUACAUGCACUUAAGUUUAAAAUUCUCGAACUGGUGACCAGUGCAUCAGUGGAGCUGCCUACCAACAGUCCUAUGUUCCUACAUGAGGAGAGACCUGUCAGACAAAUAAUACUGGAAGUGAGAAAAGAGGGAGAUUACAGAAUCCCAACCUGGAUAAUCCUCGGGAGUACAUUGGGAGGACUCCUACUGCUAGCUCUGCUCAGUUUGGCUCUCUGGAAGUUGGGCUUCUUCCAGAGGCAGAAACGGAGAGAUGAAGACGAGCGGGAAAUGAAUGGAAAAGUGGCUGAGGAACGGUAA